GGGGCGGAGGUAUCCAGAAGCGGCCAGUGGUGGCUGCCCGCAGUCCCCCACCCCCUCCACGCAGAGCUCCCGACACGCGCGCCUGGAGAGGGCCCAAGAGCGGCGGCAGGGCUAGCUGUCUUCCGAGCUCCGGCACCGCUGCCAUCUGCUCUACGAGACGUCCGCGUGUCCCCCGCGGCUCACAGCUCCACGUCGGCCACCAUGGAGGCGCAGGCACAAGGCUUGCUGGAGACGGAACCACUGCAAGGAAGAGAUGAGGAUGCGAUAGCCAGUGCUGACUUCUCUAGCAUGCUCUCUGAGGAGGAGAAGGAAGAGUUAAAGGCAGAAUUAGUUCAGCUAGAAGACGAAAUCACAACAUUGCGACAAGUUUUGUCAGCAAAAGAAAGACAUCUGGUUGAGAUCAAACAGAAACUUGGCAUGAACCUGAUGAACGAGCUAAAGCAGAACUUCAGCCGAAGCUGGCAUGACAUGCAGACCACAACUGCGUACAAGAAAACACAUGAGACCUUGAGCCAUGCAGGGCAGAAGGCCACAGCAGCCUUCAGUAAUGUGGGAACCGCCAUCAGCAAGAAGUUUGGAGAUAUGAGGUCUCACUCUAUUGGGUACUCCAUUCGCCAUUCCAUAAGUAUGCCUGCCAUGAGGAAUUCUCCUACUUUCAAAUCAUUUGAGGAGAGGGUUGAGACAACUGUCACAAGCCUCAAGACGAAAGUAGGCGGGACAAACCACAGUGGAGGCAGUUUCGAGGAGGUCCUGAACUCCACGGCACACGCCAGCUCCCAGAAUGCUUCAGGAGGCCCGCGGCAGACCCCGGAUGAGGAGCUCCAGUGCUAGGUUCAGCCAGCCUGGGCUGCAGGCGGCAGAUCUGCUUGCUCAUCUUCUGAUUCGAAGACCAAAAUCCCACUGGGAAACCAAGUUUUGAUAUUGUUAUUUAAACGGCCUCUCCCAAAAGUUUAAUAAAGUGAUUUCCAUUGGCAUUUGUGUUGAUGAUGGACCACUUGACCAUCACACCGCAGUAUUCCCAAGUGUCGUCAUUUAAAAUGGCCAACUGGAGUAGGUUCAUAAUUAGUCAUAAUCCUUGUCUGUGGAACUCACUGUGUAUUUCCCAAACAGGCAGCUACGAUUCUUAGCUUUGGUUUUUGCUUGGUCUCCAUAACAAUGUGCAUGUCUUUGAGGACUGAGCUGUGUGCCAUCAGUCUGAAGAUCAAGAGGUGGCACUCUUUGAGACUGUCUCCCGCAGUAAGCCAAGCCACUAAAAAUGUCACCAAGCUGCUUGUGAUCUCUCUCACCUACAUCAACUAUGUACAUUUAUUUAAGUCAUUAAAAUAAUCCAC